AUGUUGUUGAUAUUAUUGAUGCCAUUUAUGGUAACAGACGCAUUUCGGACACAGUCAGCCGGAGUGCGAGGGAUUUUGAUGUGUGGUAAUGAACCUCUUGCAAAUGCAAAGGUUAAAUUGUGGGAUGACGAUUCUGGAUUGGAUAUGGAUGACCUGCUACAGGAAGGGACCACAAAUGCUCAAGGUUUUUUUGAACUAAGUGGAUAUACUAGUGAAAUAACAACAAUUGAUCCAAUCCUCAAAGUAUAUCACGAUUGUGAUGAUCGAAUCAUGCCAUGUCAACGUAAAAUUGAAUUCAAAAUACCAAAGUCAUAUGUGAAUACUGGUAAAAGAGUGGAAAAUUUUUUUGAUAUUGGUACUGUUAAUAUGCAAAUUAUUUUCGAGAAAGAAUCUCGAGAUUGCAUUCAUCGUUCAUAA